AUGAAAAUGAAAAACUGCGAAAAACCGCAAAACUUUAUGCAACGAUGUGCAACGCGUUGGUUGGCUGACAACAACGAUCGCUGUCGCGCUGUGUCUGGGCGCGUCACCGCCUGCGUCGACGGCGCGCUUCGUCAGUGCAGUGCAGUUGCAGCGGCUGUUGUCGUUUGGCCGCCAUCGCAAUCUAAUAUCGAGGACGAAGGCAAUCAUGGCAACGACGAGACCCGUCUGUUUAUUUUAUCUUCUUUGGCUCAGUCGCAAAUGAGUCGUGUCGCUUGCAUUUUAUGUGAGGAACCGAUGUUGGUUUUCGAUCGCUAUCCGCUCGUUGACGGUUCAUUUUUCUUGAGCCCAAAACAACAUUCAGCCGGUUGCAUUGAGGUGAAGUAUGAAGGAAGGCCACUAUAUUUGACUUGCGUUUGUAUGGCUUGUUUGGAUGGUACCUCAACGAAUCGUGUCAUUAACUGUAGGUUCUGUGGCGAAAUUUGGGAUGGCUCGAAUCUAGUCCUUGGCACCAUGUAUUCAUAUGACAUUUUUGCCGCAAUGCCAUGCUGUGCUGAGCGUCUAAAGUGCAAUAAUUGCUUCAAAUUGCUUUUGCAUCCGCAGCAGCGUCUCAAUUUCUACAGCGACUAUUCGCACUGCGUCACCUGUCCAUAUUGCGCCACGCAGGAUACUCACUUCGUCAAGCCGUUGAGCUUCUGCUACACCAAAAGCAAUGUGAUACGCCACCAGGCGAUCGCAUAACAUGAGGCCCCGUUGGAGUCCACGGAAAUGCUGGCGGCAGCGACAACAGCCACUCAAACAACAACAGCAGCCAACACUGCCAGCAUUGCGGCUCCAACGGCAAACAAUAGAAACAGCAGCAGCAGCAGCAGCAACAUCAGUAGCAACACCAACAUGCAAUCGAAGAAAAUUGUGCUCUAUAACCCAUCAAUUGAUUACUCAGCACCGCUGCAACAACAAAUCAAUCCUGAAAUCAUUGGUGCACAUCCUCAUGCACAACAAUACCAACAGCAAUACAGCGGUGGCAGCGGACUCGGUGCCGGUAGUUCGGCCAACAACAUACACAACACAAAUCAGGUAAGACAGCCACUACAGCCACAGCAACAGCAACAACAGCCGCAACAACCACAGGCACAGCAGCAGUCACGUUUGUCGGCAUUUACGCCAGUGGCUGCUGCACGUCUGUCCUUAGCUGGUUUGGCAGCUGCCGCCGCUACGCCCGCAACCACUCAGUCGAGUGCAUCGAUUUCGUCAUCACAGCAGCAGCAGCAGCAACAGCUUCUACUACAGCAACAAAUGCUGGCAACACUACCGCUAAAAUUAAGUGAGCAAUGUAAUUUAAGUAAUUUGCAUUUGAAUAGUUUUGUUAAUGAAAUGGGCGAGAUUAAGUCAGGUCUCGAACAGCAACAACAACAACAUAAUAGCAAUCAGGUGGUAGGGCUUUUAGGACGCAAUGGUGAUUCUAACAGUUUACUAGCAAACAGUAGUGUCGGUAGCAGUAUUAGUAAUUUAUUAAUUAGCAAUAAUUUAGCAACGGCCGCAGCAACAGCACCAGCAACAGCAGCUGUAGCAUCCGCAAGUGGAGCAGGAGACGCAGCAAUAGCCCUAUUGCCAACCGCAAACAAAUUGAAUGGGUUGUGGAGCCAAUCGCACGCAACAGUUGCUCCAUACAACAUCACUGGGGUCAAUGCUGGCUCCAGUAUACUAUUCGGUAACCAAACGAGCACCUCCGAUGCCAUUUCAUCACUCUGGGGUUGCUCCCCCUCGUCCGGCUCCAGUGGUUCUUCCUCCACUAGCGGCUGUUCGAGCGGCUCCGGCUCUCAGCCUUCAUUGAGCCCCACCUCCACUGCAUCCACACGUCCGGACUAUCGUAGCAACAGCAAGGAGCCAUUGUGGUCGGCAUCGCAAACAUCGCCCAACAGCAGCAACACUCUCAGGGAUACUUAUUACACCACAAAGGCAGGUGUAGCCAUAACCGCAGCAAACGCUUCGGGCGGAGGGUCUGGCAAUAAUGGCCCCAACAAUCUAGGCGAUAGCGGCCAGCAGUCGACGUCGCCCAGCGCAUCCUCCACUUGCUCCUCGGCAUCGUCCACCUGUUCGUCGGGCCUGGGUUCGAGCACUGGCAUAGAGGUUGGCGUGUGGCCCAAUUGCAAGCUACAAAGUUAUUUUGCAGCCGAUAAUUGCGGUGCCGCCCAGCCCGAUGAAGCUGCGCAGUUCGCCAAGAUAAGCAACAUUUGGGAAAUACCGAACCCGACGGCAGCCGCCACAACACGCGCUACCACCGACCUAUUCACUGAUCUCUGGUGCAACAAUACUGAACGGAACAGUGUCGCAGCAGGAGCACGCGUCACGAGCAACACAAAUGCCGAUUUCGACCUGGCUCAGCCCAUCGACUUCACCGACUCCAACAACAUUUGGCGCACAAACAUGCCGGCCACAACAUCGCUUGCAAGCUCCACCAAGCAACUGCCGACGCCAGCAGUGGCGGCUGGCAAUAACAACAAAGGAUUGCGUGCAAAUAUAGGAACCGACUUGGAUAACGGCGGCAUGGGAAUGAGUGCGGCGGAGGCGGAUAGCAACACGGCGUGCAUGCAGUUGUUUUCGGAGCAAUUCCUCAAUUAUAUAAACAUAAUUAACUAUGCGGAUUAA